AUGAAGAUCUUUAAGUGCAGCCAUAUCAAGAACCAGGAGAGGUAUAGACCCACUUUUAAUGCAGGGCCUUUUAAACACCUCCCUGUCGCGUAUAUGAGACAGCAGGAGAUAACAGAGAAGGAAAUGAAGAGAUUUGUGAUAGAAGAUUUAAAGGAAAAGGAGGAUAUAGAAGAAGCUGGAUUCAAAGCUAAUUUUGAAGAUGACUCAGAAUCAGAAGAAGCAAAGGAAGAAUCGAAAGAAGAGCUAAAAGAAGCCUCAGAAAGCAAAUUUGGGAAAAGAAGGAAGAGAGAUGAAAUGGAAAAUGACGAAAGAGAAAUUCAUGAAGAGACUAAAGGGAUGAGUCUCGAAGUCAUGAGAUGGGGCAUGGUCAGAGCAGAUACCAACCAGCCAGUAAUCAAUUGUAGGUUUGAAGAUUGCCUCAAAACGAAUAUGUUCAGAGGUUUACUCAAAGAUUUCAGAUGAAUCAUUACCAUCAAUGGAUACUACGAAUGGAAAGUAAAUGAUAAGGACAAACAACCAUUUUAUUUAUACCCAAAAGAAGGAGAAUACUUACAAUUAGCAGGACUCUUUAGACCUCAGAGACAGCCAGAUGGAACUAUUGUUAACAGUUUUGUCAUUUGAACCCUUGAAGCAAUGGACAAUAUCAGUUUCAUUCAUCAUAGAAUGCCAGUCAUCUUGACUCCAGAACUGCAAAAGAUUUGGCUUGAUCCUACAAUCGAACCAAAGACAGUCUUCAGCAAAGUUUGCAGAUCCAGCCCAAAAGACAUGUUAUCCUACUACAAAGUUGCUGACGUUGUCAACAAAAUCAAAAAUGACAACGAAGACUGCAUCAUGAAACUCGAAGACUACAAAAAGAAGCUACACAGUCGGGGUCUUGGUAGAUUCUUCGGUUUUGCAUCCAAAAAGCCGCAAACCUCUGUUGAACCCCCAGUUCCUAACCCUAUUACUCAAUCCAUAAAGCCCACUCAGGCUGUUGCUCCUUUGGAAGCCUCACUCGGUUCGCUUUCCAUCACUCCUGUUGCAGAGGCCAGCUUGGCCUCUGCUCAGAACCCGGCUGGUGCUGAUCCUUCACAAGCUCCCUCUAGCUCAGAUCCUAAGCUAGAUAAGAAUGAGUCACCAGAUCCUGAAGAUAGGAAAGAAGGAGAUAAAAGCUAA